AUGGCCCGCCACAAACUCACAUACUUCGCCAUCACAUCCGGCCUAACAAUCUACGGCACACACCUAGGUCUAAACCAUCUUGAAAAGAAAUAUCCCAAUCAACCACUGUCAACAGGAAGCAAAGCGCUUUCAACACCAGACAAAUCAACCCAACACACACCAUACACAGAUAUCUACGCAGCCCGGAUUCCGGUAGCAGCACUAUUACAAUCACGACAUGCCAGUGCAUCAGGACCACAAAACACAAACCCAAAAACAAAAGCAACACUAGAAAAAGCCUGGGCACGAGCCCUACUAAAAUCAUCAAUUCUCAAAACCGAAGCAUCAUUAUUCUCCCUAUUAACGCAAUUCAAAUACACACCUGGAGAUCUCGAAAAGCCACUCAAAAAAGAUACACCCCUUGUACAGGGGAUCAUGAUCAUACAGCGAGAAAUAGACGCAGAGCCAGACUCAAAUGGUCUACUUGUCUCGUGGAAAAUAGCAGACGAACCACGGAUCUUCUUUGAGAAGAUUGCUGGCUGGGGAUAUCCGUGGCGCCUUGUGUGGGGGGAAGGCAUGAGAUGA